AUGGCGUUCUAUACCCGUCUCCGGCCCUUCCUUGCGGGCACCAGUAAAAUGGAAGAAUUCGGCCUUCCUGAUGGGUUACACUACGAUGACGGGUCUGGAAACGUCGAUUACCGGUCAUAUCGAGGCGGCAGCAACGCGCAAAGCUCCCUCAUCCAACUGAUCGAUAUUGCCCUCGGCGUGCAUCAUCGGACAAGGGGUGAUAACAUGGGCCAUAGCCGCGGACACAGCCCAGGAGCGCCUCCGAGCUUCAUCGAAGAGAUGCGAGCGUACAUGCCCGGGCCGCAUCGGCGCUUUUUAGAGGCUGUCUCGCAGGUCGCUAACGUGAGACCGUUUGUGGCUGAGAGAAUCUCAGAUGCAAAGCUUCAGGUGGCAUACAGCUCCUGUCUGGGGGCUCUCUAUCAGCUGCGGGACAGACAUAUCCGAAUAGUGUCACGAUACAUCAUCGUCCCGUCAAGAAUGCAGGCCUGCGCUGCUCGAUCUCCGAAGCCCCCAAAUCAACUGACCAGCAACCUCCAGCGCAGUGUGUCCACGUCCUCUCAACCUGAUAUGGGCCCCCGUGGGACAGGUGGUACGGCUCUCAUUCCUUUUCUCAAACGCACCAGAGAGGAAACUUGUGAGCCUCUGAUGGAAAUUUUGGUUAGGCAUCGAUAG